AUGGAAAACGAAGAAGGGAUCAAAAAGUCAAAUACUAACGACACUCACGAGGCAAAAUUAAUGGACGAAAAUCAUUUGGAGAAGUUGGAUGCUCCUACUCAAGGAAAUGCUCCCGCACAAUUGUCACCAUUAGAAUGCAAAAAAAUGAUUGAUGAAUUGGCGGGUAUUGUUUAUUAUAAAUCAAAGGCACUCAUCGAGUGCCAGAAGCUUACCGAGUAUGGCACUGAGUUAAUUAAAAAGAAAAAUGGAAUGCAAAUGAGACUGAGCAAAGCGAUUGAAAAGCAAAUGCAAUUCGGUAAAUACGACAACUUGAUCACCGCAAACGCCAAAAAGCAUGAGCUUGAACAACAGCUGAAUCCUUUGACAUAUGCGAUCAAGCAUUGCGGUGAACGAAUCCGUGCCUUGCAAAUUCAAUGCGAAAAAGAAUAUCCAAAAGAAAAAAUCGAACGUAUUCUUGUGAACAUUCGUUCGAUGAAAGAUGCUGGAGUUGCAAUGGACUUUUCUUCUCAAAUAAAUGUAAACAGUGGACCCUCGAACAUUAAAAAACUAAACGAGGAGAUUGAACAAGAAAAACCAAAUCUGAAACAACUAGAAGAUUUGCUGAGGGAAGCAAAGAAGCGUCAAGGCCGAACAUUUUUCCUUCACCGAUCCAUUGAAGAAAUUGACUCGUAUUAUGCUCGUCGAGCCUUGGAACUGAUGCUUAAUAACAAGCGUCUAUUACAAAUUUGUCUUCUGGGACUGGAGAUGAUACGAGAGUUACUCAUGUCAGAUAGCGAUACUGAUAAUCCGGCAGAUUGUAAGAAGUCUAACGCGAAAAAAGAUGGUGAGGAGCAUAUUGAGGAUAUGAAAUGUGAGGUCAAAUUUGACGGGUUUAUGAGAAAAACUGAUGACAUGGAAUAG